AGUGAGGGGGGAAGGAGUGAAGGAGGCCUGCUUAGGUGGAGGAAGCAGCUGCUGUCAAACACAGUUUUCCUUCUGCUGGAGUUGAUGUCUCAGUAGCCAGCAAACGUUUGGCACCUACUCAGUGCCAGCCAGAGGCCAGGCUGAGGAACUGUCCCCUCCCACAGGGUCACUUUCAGAGGCUCAGGUGGGGAGGGCUGUGCCAAGGCUUUCUGUCUGCCUGCUCUGGACUGCCCGUGCUGUUUUUCCAGCCAAUCCCCGUGGGGGCCAGUGGGGCCCUGCCCUUCUCCCAGGAAGCAGUUCCUGAGGUCCUGGGGCCAUGUGUCCCAAGGUGUUGGGGGAACAGCCUGGCCAGGGCCUGGGGCUCUGAGGUGAAAGGACACAUUCUUCCGAUUCUGGGGAGGAUAGAGGCAUCUGAAGCCCCCCCACGCCCCCUCGCCUCCCUAGUACCGGCUCUGGCAGGGAGCAGGGACUCCAACUGCUGAGGUGUGCAGAGGAGUGGGUGAUGACUUUUUAGAGGCCCUAAGAUAUCUUGCCCCCACCCCAGGCCCCCAGAAAGUCUGUUUGCUUGGUGCCAGGGUGAGGUGGCCUUCCCUGGAUCACACUGUGCCUCUGAGUGUGUAGAUGGUUGGGGCAAGCAGGAAGGGGUGGUAUGCCCUCUUGACUGUUCGCUCUGGUUUGUGGUGGCAGGAGGGUGGCCUGAUUCUCAGGACCCAGGGAGAUCCCUGAAGAAGCCUGGCUCUCUGAAUCAGGACCUGCCUCCGGGACUCCUCAGGGUGUUUAUUUCUGUUUGAGCCAGCUCAUAGGAACUGCUUUUGCUUCAGGGGGUCCCCAGGCUGGGCUCUGCUCCCUGGGAGCAGAGCCUAGGCUGAGCUCUGCAGGCUCCACCCCCACCCUGACUCACUGGCUGACCCUUUCCUUGGGCUCUUUCACUAUCUGUAUUCCUUUCCUGACUUGGCCAUCUGUGCUCUGGCUGGACCUUUUAGUCUCAUCUCUUGGCUCUGCCAGUCUCGGCCUCUGUACUCCUGGGACAAGCUCCAGAUCCAGGGCCUCUUCCUCCGACCUGACCCCAAAGCAGUGUCAGGGAGGGGUGCUUCCUCAUUUCCUUCCAAGGCUGCAGAUCCUGCUAGGGUUCAUCCCCAGAACCUAUGGCCAUAGCUUCCCUGUGUCCAUGUGUCCCUGCCUGCAGCCCUAGAGCUUACGGGUCCCUCACCUCACAUUCCCACUCUGCAGGCAUCUCUGGGGCAGGGCCUGGGUGUUGGCUCCAACCUGCUUCCUUGCAUCUCUCUCUAGGUUUAUGCUUGGGGAACAGGGAGCCUCCUGAGCUGCUUGCAUUGGCACCUGCCUGUAGCCCUCAGAGCUGCCCCUUCUGGGUACGACUCUAGCUCACACUCUCUGGCACAGGCUGGGAGAUGGGCACACGACCCUCCCUCCUUAAACUGUGGCAGGAGCUGGAGAUCACACUGACCAGUCACUUCCCAGAAUCUCAUGUGCUUAAAUCUUGUUUCUGUGUUUAUACCUGAUAUACGGCACCUGCCUCUGACGGGCCUCAGGUGCCCUCUGUAUGCUAGACUCUGCUCUAGGCAUGGGCACAGUGAUGCUGCGCAGAGAGGCCCUCGCCUGGCAUGGGGGAGGGAAUGGGGAGACUGUUGCCAGAGGGUGCAAUGAAGGCUGUGGUGGGGGACUCCCAGGGCCCUGGUAUCCAGAGAGCCCUGUAGUCAGGGAGGAGGAAUGGGGUAUUAGGGAGGCCCUUGUUAGGAUGUGGCUUCUAAAGGGGGUACAAGGACCAGGAGGAGGGCAGGUCACACCACUGAGGGCACUCCAGCACAGCUGGAGUAUAAAAUGAGGGGCUGGGGUAGGGAGAGUCUCACCUGAGAUGAGUCUGGAGGGGAGGUGACAGCCAAGCAUGGGGUGGCAGGUACAUGUGUGACUUGUUAAGAUCACUGGCUACAGGGCAAAGAAUGGCUUUGGGGAGAGGGUAGGAGCAGAGGCAGCGGACAUGAGUAGUAGGAGUGGGGACAGAGACAUGAGGGUAAUAAACUGCUGAGUGAAGAUGACAUGUAUAAAAUGCAUAGCAUAUAUGAAUCUUAGGUGUACAGCUAGGUGAAUUUUUAGUUUGUGACACCCAUGGAACCACACCCAGACCAACAGGGAACAUUUCCAGGCCCCCUGACGAGUCCCUUAUGACUAUCCCCAGUGCACCCCCCACCCCCAUUCUGACCUGAAUCAUUCAUUACCAGUUGGGUUUGCCAUUUUUUGACCGUCAUUCUCAUGUGUUCCUGUCUGGCUUCCUUCACUCAGCAUGACGUCAGUGAGAUUUAUCUGUGUUGUGUAUCCAGGGAGCUCAUUUUUUUCCACGGUGUAGAAUGACACAUUCACCAAGCAUUUACCACUGUUCUAAGAACUUGACAUUUAUUGAUUCACAUAAACCUCCCAACCCUAUGAGGUUUUAAGACCAAGAAUUGGAGACACAGAGAGGUUAAAGCACUUGCCCAGGGUCACCCAGGCAAAUAAUAGCCAACUGGGUUCAAGUGUAGGCAGUCUGAUUCUGGAGCCAAGGUUCUUUAACGCUAUGCUUGGUGGCCUCCCUGACGCCUACUGAGUCUGUGGCCUGGCCUUGAGUGGAUUCAGGAGCUAAUGUGUACGUCCAAACUAGGUGGCUGGAUGUGGAUGGAGGGGGAGUUGAGGAUGACUGCAGGUUUCUGGCUUGAGUAACUGGGUGGGUGGCGGUGCUGUUACUAAGAUAGGGAACACAGGAAGAGGAACAGAUGGCACGGGGGGCAGGGAACAGACAAGGGGUUUGAUUUGGGGCCUGUGGAAUUUUGUGUGUCUAAGGGAUGGCCAGGCAGUUACCAAGUGGGCAUUUGGUUUUGGGGAUUCUCAAGCUUGGGUGUGUUAGAUUAGGGAGGCAUUCAGCAGCCUGUAGACAGUGUCUAGAGUUUGGGAAAGGUUUCUCAGCAGGACUGUGAAGGGGGCAAGAUGCACGAGUGUGGUUUGUCUGCAUGUUGUUCCUGUGUGUCUUGAGUGUCGCGGUGGCCUGCACUUGAACAUGGGCCAGCCUGGCUCUGGGUCAUGAAUUCCCCCAUCUCCUGGGAGGGCCUGCAGGUCAGCUGGGAGCUGGGUUGUUUUUGUUUGUGGUUUGACCCUGAGGUGGAGGGGGGCUGCUAAGCUUAAGGAACUACCCUCUCAGAAGCCCCGGAAGCACCUGUGCAUCCUCCCCAGCCAGGCUGGAGGUUAGCAAGGAGGGGAGCUUCUGCUUCUCUUGUGUCUGCAGGGAGAGGCUGUCCCUGGUAAGUUGGCUGACAGCGCACACUCUCUGGGUCUGGGGUCCAGGGACUUCUGGGAGGCUUGGCAAAGGAGGAUUGGGUGUUUAGAAAGGACACCUGAGCAGGGGAGCCGGCCAGCCUUCUGGCCUCUCAUUUCCUGUGAUGGCUGUGGGGGAGGGCUCCCCAGCACUGAGGCCCUCUGCAUGUUUCCCCUUCUUCCUGAUGACCUCCUGGGCCUGGCCCUGAGUGCUGAGAGAGCAGGAGACAGGUUCGCUGUGCUCAGCCCUUAGGACAGCCCUUUGGGGAUUCCCAAGCAGCGGGAGGGGCUGUUGUUGACUGCAGCAUUUGCGGGAAGUGGCCCCCAGCCCCCUCCUCUCUGAGGAGGCUGGCCAGGCUGUGGGAGCCUCUGGCUGCACUCCUGCAGAGGGCUGAGACCCUCCAAGGGGAGACACAAGUGGAGUGUCAUGGGGUGCUGCAGGUCACCAAGCUGCAGGCAGGGUGGGACAUUGUCCUGGCCUGUCAAGUUUUUCGAAAUUUUUUUUAAGGGGAAAAAAUAAUUUCCAUAGGAAGUUAAUUCAAACAAAUGGGGUUAGAUAUUGAAGGAGAGGCAAGAUGGGGGUGAAUUUUAAGAUCUAACAUGAGACGUUGGAGAGAUGCGCCAAGCCUGGAGGCAGGGAACUUCUGCCGGGUGGGGUUGGCAGGGGUUUCUGGGGAAAGUCUGAGCCGCGCCAACGCAGAUAGGAGGGGCCCAAGAAAGCUCUGAGUCUGGGAAUCCGGGGGCCUAGCCAGCCUGGUGCGAGCAGGGGGUGUGUGCAGGGUGGCAGGCCGCGGGAGGAAGAGGGGGAAGCAGGCCGGUGCUCCGGAGGGCUGUGGGCACCCCCACCGAGGCACACAGCUGCAACGUGUGAAUCACCCAGCCAGCUGCGCCGCCAUGACCGGGCUGCGGAAGAGGAAGCUUGACCAGCUGGAUGAGGACUCCUCCUCGCUCUGCUCGUCCUCCUCACUGUCCUCAGGCCACCACUCUCGCUCCUGCUCCCCGAGCUCUUCGGUCUGCCUGGCCUGGGAAUCGGACGAGGAAGGCCCCUGGGAUCAGACGCCGCUGCCUGACCGUGACGCCUGUGGCCCCCGGAAAGCUGCCCCCUUGUCCAUCCUGAAGCGGGCUCCCCGGAAGCACCCAGCCCACGUAGCCUUUGAUGGCAUCACUGUCUUCUACUUCCCUCGGUGCCAGGGCUUCACCAGUGUGCCCCGCCGUGGCGGCUGCACUCUGGGAAUGGCCUCCCGCCACAGUGCCUGCCGUCGCUUCUCCUUGGCUGAGUUCACCCAGGAGCAAGCCCGGGCUCGGCAAGAGAAGCUGAGGCUGCGCUUGAAGGAGGAGAGGCUGGAGGGGCUGCGCUGGAAGCUUGCAGAGGCUGGGGUGCCUGAAAGCGAGGCAGACCUGCCUCUUACAGUGGAUGCCAUCAAUGAUGCUUCUAUGGAGGAGGCCUUGACAGUGGCUAUGGCAGGCGGUCAGUUGGAGGAAAUGACCUUCCUACAGCCCUACCCAGCCCGGCAGCGGCGGGCUCUGCUUCGGGCCGCAGGCGUGCGGAGGAUCGAUCGUGAGGAGAAGCGGGAGCUGCAGGCUCUGCGCCGGUCACGGGAGGAUUGUGGCUGUCGCUGUGAUAGGGUCUGUGACCCUGUGACCUGCAGCUGCUGCCAGGCAGGCAUCCAGUGCCAGAUGGACCACACAGCAUUCCCCUGUGGCUGCUGCAGGGAGGGCUGUGAGAACCCCAGGGGCCGCGUGGAGUUUAAUCAGGCACGUGUACAGACACAUUUCAUCCACACGCUCACUCGCCUGCAACUGGAGCAGGGAGCUGAGGGCCUUGGGGAGCUGGAGGCCCCUGCCCGUGGUGGCCUGGCCAGUCCUGGUGCACAGGACCUGGCCAAACCCCCUGUGAGCGGUAAACUGGGUGAUACCAGCUGUAGCAGCAUGACUGAUUCCUCCACAGCCUCAGGCACCAGUGAGGUCCCUGGCUGCCCUGUCCUCCCCGCCCUGUCUGGCCUUGGCUCCCAGCCUGGCUUGGGUGAUGACAGUCUGGCACGGAUCCUGAGUUUCAGUGACUCUGACCUGGGUGGAGAGGAAGAGGAGGAGGAGGAAGGGGGUGUGGGGAGCCUGGACAACCUCAGCUGCUUCCACCUAACUGACAUCUUUGGUACUGGUGACCCUGGUGGUCUGGCCAGCUGGACCUACAGCUAUUCCAGCUCUAACCUCAUGUCGGGCAUCUUGGAUGAAAAUGCCAACCUGGAUGCCAGCUGCUUCCUCAACAGUGGCGUGGAAGGGUCAGGAGACAGCAGCCUCCCUGGCACCUCAGUGCCUCCCGACAUGGAUGCCGGCCAGAGCAGCUCCGUGGACCUCAGCUUGUCAUCCUGCGACUCCUUUGAGCUGCUCCAGGCCCUGCCAGACUACAGUCUGGGGCCUCGCUAUGCCUCACGGAAGGUGUCUGACAGCCUGGACCACCUUGAGGCAGCCCACCACCCCUUGCCUGCCUUUUCUCCUCCUGGGGAUCCUGGUACUUGCUUCCUGGAGUCCAUCAUGGGCUUGUCGGAGCCGGCUGCUGAGGCCCUGGCUCCCUUUGUGGACAGCCAGCUGCUUGAGGACACCUCCCCAGCAUCUCUGCUGGAGCCUGUGCCUGUGUGAGGAUGGGGAUUACUUUUUCUGGCCCCACGAGCCCUGUUGCUUCAUGUAAUCUGGAGCUCCUGAGGUCUAAAUGCAAGCUUCCCAUGGGCUGACUCACCCAGUGUGGGUGCUCCCGAUUUUCAUGUAACACUCUGGAUGAAUUUAUUUAUUUUUGUAACUUUCUGUGCUGAAGAGAUGGUGGGGCAGGGGUUUCCCUGCCCAGCCACCCAGACCCCUGUGCCCCUGUGCCACAUAACUUCUUCUGCUCCCACGGAGCAUGCUGGGAAGAGGAGGAAACGUGGCUCCCCUGGAGCUUUGUAGACCUGUUUGGUCUCAUGUGAUCCUAAGCCAGAGGCCAUGAGACAGGGCUGAAAUCUCUACUUCCUAGGGCUUUUCCUGCCACCCUGAGCCCUAGACCCAUGGCUGAAUCCUCUGGACUGUGAAGACUAUAAUUUAUUUCUGUAAUUUAUUUGGGGACUAGGUGGUGUAGGCUUCUCCUGACUGGUGGGCAGUGCUCGGUUCGCCUUGGGGUGGGGCCCAGAUCCCUGGGGGCCCCUCUGCCUGUGGUCCUGCAGCUCUGCCCUGACUGGGCUUUGGUACCAACCAGAUGUGGAUUCGAGCCCUGUGGUCUACCAUGGCAGCUGCCUGGAUCCGGGUGGCUGAGCAGGCAGGGGCUGGAUGGACAGCCUCUGGCCAGAGGGAGGGCUGGGCUGACCAAGUGUGACCAAAACCCUCUUCUGCCCUAUACCCCCUCUGCUUCCUGUCCUCUGCCCAUCUCCUGCAAGACCACAGCCUUUAUUCAAAAGCCCACCAAUGUAGGAAGGGAAGCAGGAGGUCCAGAGUGGUAUCGGACCUGCCUCUGGCUUGGAGCAUGCCCCGGCUUCUAUCUCAGGGCUUCCUGGGCACUGUGCUCCAGCGUGGAUGCCUGCCGUGCCCUAAGGCCAGGGGUGAGGGGUGGCCCAUGGCCCUUACGCCUUUGUCUGCUGAUGCUGAAUUCUGCAUCAUUUCCAUAUUGUGCCCGAGUCUUAGAACUAUAAUUUAUUCAUUUUUCUGUGUCUGUGCCAAGAAGCCCAGGCUGUGGGCUGGCCCUCUUGCCUAGAAGGCCUUCCCAGCCUGCGUGCUUGUGGAAACACCUUGUACCUGAGCUUCCAGGUUCCAAUAAAGAGGCUCCAUUUUUAA